AUAAUCAGUAUAUUAUAAGCAGCACCUACCUAUCGUCACUUACACGUAGUCGAAUGCUCUACUUUGUAUCGUGUUCAUGACGCAACUUAUUAAAUUGCUAUGGCGGAGAAUUAGUGUGUGAUUAAAUCUAUUUAUUAUUUUGCUCCGUCAUUGCGUUAGUAUAAAGUUUAAUUCGGUCUUUAAAAAAAAAAUCAUGGAUAGUAAUAAAGAUGAGGCGGAGCGAUGUAUGGAACUUGCAGAACUAUAUCUACGAGAAAAAAAGUACGAGGAAGCAGAAAAAUUUGUACGUAAAGCAUUAAAACUAUAUCCAAUGAAAAAAGCAGAAGAUGUGUUAGCAAAAGUGACAAUGUUAUCAAAGCAAAAUCAAAAGUCUGAAUCUGAACCUACACUUAGGAAACGUCAAACUGCAUCUAAAGAAACCACACAUACUCAAGCUUCUAGUGAUUAUACAAAGGAACAACUUGAACACAUUAAAAGAAUCAAAAAAUGUAAAGAUUAUUAUGAAAUUUUGGGUGUAAAUAAAGAUGCAACUGAUAGUGAUAUUAAGAAGGCAUAUAAAAAAUUAGCACUUCAGUUACAUCCAGAUAAAAAUAAAGCACCAGGUGCUGCUGAAGCCUUUAAAGCUAUUGGAAAUGCUGUUGCUAUAUUGACUGAUGUCGAAAAGAGAAAGCAGUAUGAUAUGUAUGGUCCUGAGGAAGAAAGACUUCAAAGUGCUCAAGCUCAUCAAAAUCACUCACAUUAUAAUUAUACAAGAGGAUUUGAAACUGAUAUAACAGCAGAAGAAUUAUUUAGUAUGUUCUUUGGAGGUGGAUUUCCACAACAAGAAUUUUAUAUGAGACGUUCUGGUAGAUGGGCAAGACAACAAGAUGCACAAGCUCAACAUGCUCACUCUCAACAAGCAAAUGGAUAUACCACAUUCCUUCAAAUGUUACCUGUGCUAUUAUUAAUAUUGUUAACUAUGAUGAGCAGUUUCUUUAUAUCAGAUCCUGUAUAUAGCUUGCAUUCUAACGCAAAAUAUUCUGUACUGAGAACAACUCAAGGAUUAAAGGUGCCCUACUAUGUCAAAGAAAACUUUCAUACUGAAUAUCAAGGCAGCUUACGUAGACUAGAAAUUUCUGUUGAAGAAGAAUACCUGAAUAAUUUGAGACAUGCCUGUUUUAGAGAGAAAAGUUAUAGAGAAACAAUGAUGUGGAAAGCAAGAAACUUUGGAGAUCAAGAAUUAUUUUUCAAAGCUAAAAAUAUUGAAACACCUUCAUGUAAGAAGGUACAAGAAUUACAAGGAGCAUAGCGACGUUAUGUUAUUGAAUAGAAUUUUGUUGUAGAUAGGUGUAUAUUAUAUUUACACAUGUGUAGUUACUAUUGGAUGAAAUGAAGAAUAUCAAACAUUAUAAUACAUAUGCGAAUAUAUUAUAUAUCUUCGCAUCAAAAUUGAUAAAUGAUAUUCUUCUUGAUCCAUGAAUUUUUACAUAGGCCGUUUAAGCUGUUUGUUCCAUAUAUUCAAAUUGUAAAUUAAUAUAGGAUUCAUUAUAGUAGCGAGUAUGAUGAAUUCCAAUGGUAUAUGAAUCUAUCAUAUGAUAUAAUUAAGGUAACAUAUUUCAAAUUCAUUAGAUUGAAUCAUAUAAUUUUAAAAUAUAAAAAUCAUAUGUUGAUUAAUUUAUAUGCAUUGUUAAUCAGGAUUAUUUAUGUUCCAUUAUUACGACACGAGGAGAAAUAGCUGAUUGAUAUAGUAA